CGGCGCGCUGCCCGGGCGGAAGGGCGACCUCCAUUACGCGCCGAUGGGCGGUGCUGCCGCCCGCUUCCGCGGGGCAUGGGCUCUUAAAGGGUCGGGCGGCGGGGUGAGGCUCGGCUUAGCACGGCUCCACACGGCUCCAAACGGCUCCGCUCGGCGGGAGAAGAUCCUCUUUCAACUCGAUUACUUGCAAGUGAUAGUUCCUCAUCAUGGCUGAACUAUCAGCUGAAGAAAUUCAUCUGCGGGCCAACCAGGUCACUGAUGAGUCUUUGGAAAGCACAAGGAGGAUUCUUGGCUUGGCCAUUGAGUCUCACGAUGUUGGCAUCAAGACUAUUACAAUGCUGGAUGAACAAGGAGAACAGCUAAAUCGCAUAGAAGAAGGCAUGGACCAAAUAAAUAAGGACAUGAGAGAAGCUGAGAAGACACUGACAGAACUCAACAAAUGUUGUGGGCUCUGUGUCUGUCCUUGUAACAGGACGAAGAAUUUUGAGUCUAGCAAAGCAUACCGAGCAACGUGGGGAGAUGGAACGGAGAACUCGGAUCAUGUGAUAUCCAUGCAACCAAGAAGUAUAAAUCAGCAGCAACCUCAGACUUCUGGUGGACCAAGUGGUGGAUAUAUUACACGGAUAACAAAUGAUGCCAGAGAAGAUGAAAUGGAUGAAAAUCUUACUCAAGUAGGAAACAUUCUUGGGAAUUUGAAAAAUAUGGCUUUGGAUAUGGGCAAUGAGAUCGAUGCCCAAAACAAACAAAUAGACCGGAUAAAUGUAAAGGCAGAUACAAACAGGGAUCGCAUCGAGCAAGCCAACAUCAGAGCAAAGAAACUCAUUGAAAAUUAAAACCCUCUGUCAUUGUUCAGUGACACUGUCCUUUCCAGCUGCAAGCCACCGUAUUCUUGGAUCUGUGAAACUUCCUCUAUGCUGAAAUGAGAGGGGCUGGGAAAAAUGAAGCAGUACCCUUUCUAUAGGGAUUCCUUUUCUUUUUUUUUUUUUUUUUUACUGCUUCAUGUAAACAUGGUCUUGACUCCAAGAAAGCAGUCAACAUAAGUUCCUCCUACUCAUUUACCUUCACUUUCUUAAACUGCUCAGGGCUGAAAGUGUCAUGGCUUUGAGAACUUUGUCAUGUUUUAUUCCCCCCCAGUCUCUUUUCUUGCAUCCAAAAUACAGUUCUUUACUGAAGUUGAAUAAGCAGGGUAACGUGAAUUCACAGUUCUGGAAAGUUGAGGAGGGCACUUUGCACUGUUUGAAAUACCUCAUAAGUUGAGUGUCUUCACUAAAACAGGGACUUGGUGAGUAUUGUCUGCCUUGUAUCUCUAAGCAGGUUAACCAUGGCUUUACAAUUCAGACCACGUGACUGGUUUGGGGUUGAGCAUGUGGACUACAACAUUCAAGAGGCCCACUGGUUACUACUUCUGGGUUGAGGGCUUUAAAAACACUUCCUAAACAUAAAAACUUUAAUGUAAAGCUAACUGGAGGGGCGUAUAGUUUUCAAUUUAUUUACUGUAAAUUGACAUUUGGAGGCCAUGACUAGGAAAUCAUGCUGCAUUUUUCUAGUAUCUAGUAUUAUCAUGUGUUUAUAUAGCUGAUCUUACACUCUCUGUGCAUGCAAGUAGAAUACAAUAAAAAUCUCCCUGAAGCAUUUCUUUGAUGGCAAACUGUGUCCAUCAUCUAAAAGUUAGGUUUUAAGUGUUUGAAUGAGGCAUCUGAACUGGAAGGAACUAAACUGAGUAGAAAAGCAUGCAGCUUUCUCACAUCCCAUAUUGGAUUCUAUCUUGGCCAGUUCUCACUGGAGUUCAGUUGCUCUUUCUCCAGUGCAAAAGUGAUGGAGAUUGUGCAGUUUAUUCUCAAAAGUGACUUUGGGGGAGCUUCUUAAAGCUACUGAAAACUAAGAUUAUAGAACUUCUUUGUCAUAAGUCUGGAGGAAGCUUGGAGUAUGUAAGAACUGUUUGUUAGCUGUAAAUAAACUAGUUGUAAAUUAAUUCCUGACUAGUUUAUUAUUACAGACUUUGGAUCUGGCAGUUGGAAAUAUUCCAAGUUGAUAACAACUAAAAUGUUCCUCAUCUGUUGCAGAAUAGAAGACCAGGUGAGGUAAAGCUUUCCUCUAAUGAAGAGGAAAAACACUUCUGUUUUACUAUGAUAAAACCAGACUUAAUCCCAGGGUUUUCUUUGUUUUUUGACAGUCCACAGGUAUCUAUGUAGCUAUUAAUAAGAAGUCCUAGGGCUAAAGAGAUAACACUAAUCUGCUGAAAUGUAAGACAAAAAAUGUUAAAUGUUCUUGUUUUCAGAAGUACAAUCAGUGUUACAAAUAUAUUGUCAGUUUGCUCCCAGCACAACUUCUUGUGGAAGAAAAAAAACUGACCAAAGGAUGAAGAUGCUGCAUAUAGUAAAUAGGCCAGUAGUAGACUGUCUUAUGUAGGGCAGAGUGUUUUUUUUACAGGGACUGGAUAUUUUAGUACCAUGCCUUGGCUUCUGUCUGGCAUCCAGUAAUUAUUGGAAAGCUAAUGAAUUCUGAAAGUUUAUUAUCUACCCCUAUUGGUAACAAAGGCUACAUGCUUAAAAACAUGAAUAGCAAAGAAGUACUUGUAAGAACAUUGCAUAGUAAAUUUCUAACAGCCUCUUGCUUUGGAAAGCAUAGGGAAGUGGAAUGUUUUUUCUUCCUUCUUAUAGACUUUGGGUUAAUUGAAGGAAUACUUGCUGCUGAUUAUGAAAGCAAAGCAUGCAUUAUUUAGCUGUGAUUGUCUCCUGGAACGGAAUACUAAAGCAGUUCUGCAUUCUGCUUAGAACGGUGCAGAUCUGCGCUGUGGCAUCUUGAGACACCUUGGAAUGUUCUUCCUUGCUAUUGCAAGUCCACGUUCUUGACUUCCCUGUGCUUCAGCCACAAACUCUCAUAUUGACUGAAAGAAUGCUGUGAUGAGUAUGCAGAAAUCUUCAUGUUACAAUGCACAUCACACAAGGAAAUAACUGCCAAGACUCUAAACUUAAGGAUUAGCUAAAUAUAAUCGUUUUGCAGCAAGAGCCAAACCUGUCAGGGAGCUGGUGCCUUCAUGUUAAUGAACAAAACAGUCUGCUUCUUGGAUCAUUUUAUUGUCAUCUGUAGAGUAGAUGCUUGCUUCCCAUGUCUGUGGAAUGUAAUCAACACUUGUGCAUCUUUAUAUUUCUGAAUUCUAUUAAGAAUGAAGGUUUACAGUUUCUGCUUUUGAUUGUUAAACUAUAUUGUGCACAACAAAAUACAUACUUCUAUAACUAAACGUGAUUUAGAACUAUUUUGUCUUACAAGUGUUUUUGUUUAAUUUCCUGUCCUUGAAAAACUUGGCAGAACUAGUUGCUACUAUGCAACCAGGAAGUUUCCCUUCUAUUUUUAUUUCACAGAACUCCUGAUGUUUACACAGGAAGGGAUGUGGCUGGGAAGAGAGGAAUAUUCUGAUCUUUCCUUUUCUUAAACACUCUAAGUUUUCAUCCCUGCAUAAUCAACAUCACCUGACUUCAAACUAUCAAAUGUGUCCAUCUCUUUGAAAGACUGGUAAGGCAUGGGGCUACAUUUGAGGAUAUUAAAGGAAAUAGGCAAAAUAAAGCUUUCCUGUUGAGUAUUGGUAAUACUUGCUGGGCAUCUAUCUAGUCACAUGAGAUCUGGUGAUUUAACCUUCUACCAAUGCCAUUUCACUUGCAGAGCAAUUUAGGAUUGUAUUUUCUCUGUACUGGAGCAUUAGAUUCACAUAACACUCUUAAGGGCUGGGGGGGAUACAGACUUGCACCAGUUUUUAGGUGAAAGAAAGAACAGUGGUAUCUGGGAGUGGCUUGGAAGAAGUGCUCUGCGUACAAUGGUGGAGCUGCCCUAGUAUAUUUCUACCAAAACUUAGGGAAAAAAUAUUUAAGACCACCUGAGCAUGUAAUUACUGAGCAAGUACUCUAUGUCCCAUGGGCAUGCUUAGACCAUGAUAGCUUAUGGUGAACCAUGAAAUUCAAGCUAGCGUACUAGAUGAAAGAUGAGUUUAAACCUGUUAACAGAGGGCUACAUCUACAUACAGCAUGAGCUGCAGCACAUGUUGCUUGUGCAGUAACUUGCAAAACUUCUUCCUCUGAAGGUUCUAUUGUGAAACAAUUUGUGGUUAACACAAUGCAGUGACUUGCAGAUGCUAAUUCACCUUUGCUGCGCUUGAAACAGCAGUGCACUAUCUGAAUGUUAAUUGAAUAAAUAUAUGAAGUGUAUGUGAAUACCAUGAAAAAAAUGGAGAGCAAGUGAAAUCAAUCUGAAAUAAAAUAUACGCAUGGAUUGCUAAA